ACACACACACACACACACACACACACACACACACACACACACACAUACACACACUUUUACAAAUGCAGCGCAGAGGAGUGGACCGGCCGGAGAAAUCCUCCUGUAUCUGAUCGCGUUGAUGCGUGAAGGAUGUAGAGCCAGAGGGGGGGGCAGGAUGGAGUGCUCCUGGAAGACGGUGCUGCUGCUGGUGUGUGCGUCUCUUGGGGUCCAGUACACCGCCAUCCGGACCCUGAGGGACUCUCUGUCUGGGCCCUGUCAGGGAACCUACCGCUGCCAGACCAGACACCACAGAGACUCCAGGUGGAGAGCUUUGUGCGAUGACAGUUGGAUGCCGGUGGAUUCUCCUCGGAGGCACAUCCUGCUGUUUGCCACCACACGCAGCGGCUCCUCCUUCACCGGGCAGCUCCUCAACCAGCACCCGGGGAUCUUCUACGUGUUCGAACCUCUCUACCACGUCCAGCAGGCCUUCACCAACUCCAGCAGCAGGCUGCGUCGCACCCUGGACCGCCGGGCCCUGCUGGGAGCAUACAGGGACCUCCUCCUCAAUCUGUACACCUGUGACCUCCACUUCAUGGAGAACUACAUCCGCCCGGAGCCCCAGGACCACGUCACGAGCACCUUCUUCCGCCGAAGCUCCAGCCACGCCCUCUGUACCCCUCCCGUGUGCUCGGAAGCAGGAGACGUAGCUGCUUCUGAUCCACCUGAUGAAACCUGGUGUCCUAAGAAGUGCGGGGUCCUGAACCUCACCUUAGCCUCCAUGUCGUGUCUGUCAAGGGAACACGUAGCAAUAAAGACCGUGCGGGUCCCUGAAGUGGGAGACCUGCGAACCCUGACAGAAGAUCCACGUCUGGACUUGAAAAUCAUCCACCUAGUGCGAGACCCCAGAGCCAUCCUCGCCUCGCGUAUGAUGGCGUUCGCAGAUCAAUUCCGCGCUUGGAAAAUAUGGAACGCGACAGGACGGCAGCCUCGAUACGUGGACCUGACGCAGAUCACCAGCACGUGCAAGGACAUGACGGCCUCUGCAGAAACAGGCCUGCAGAGGCCGGCGUGGUUGCGGGGACGUUACCUGCUGGUUCGGUACGAGGACCUGGCGUUUAACCCGAAGGACAAGGCCGCUGAGAUCUACAGGUUUGUGGGGCUGGAGAUGGAGGACAGGGUGCGGAUGUGGAUUGCAAAGAACACAAACAGUAACGUGUCGUCUCCGUCGGAGUGGAACUACAGGUACUCCACCACCAGAGAUUCCAGAGCGACAGCAGAGAGCUGGAGGCUCAGACUGGGCUUUGACAUUGUGAGGGCCGUGCAGAAUCUGUGCAACGACACUCUGGCUCUGCUCGGAUACAAGCAGGUUCACUCUGCAGCCGAACUCAGAAACUUGUCUCACAGUUUAGUGGAACACAGGACCUUUCAACCAGUCACAUGGUAGAGCUGAUUUUUUUUUUUAAACGUUAUUUAUGUAUUUAUUUAUGAUGACUUUCCUUUCUGUCAUGAUGCUGAUGAAAAUGAAUGUAAUUUAUCUUAUUUUUCCAGUAAUGCCUACAGUAAAUUCAUAAGACUUUUUAUGGUUUUGUUGAAGAUAUUACAAGUGCCAAAUGUUGCAGUGUGUGAAAAGGUAUCGAUCCAGAAUAAAUAUGUAUGAUUUAAUGUUCUCAUAAUUUCAGUAUUUUAAAGAAAGAAAAAAGGAAUUUGAAAGCACUCAAAGGAGGAACAGUUUCUGAGAAAAUCUGACCUUAAUUCGGAGGUGAUGUUCCUGGAGAUGGGACAGACAGGAAGGGAGGGGGAUUUAUUUGUUUAAAAAAAUGAUUGGCCUUGCCUUCCAAGUGUCCCUAAUGCAUUUUGGAAAAGGAUUAAAAUGUCACAUGUCGUAGGUAGAAAAUCUUCUGCAGCGCACAGCAGCUCUGAUUUCUAUGUGAGAAUAUGAGAAUAUAUUUGUUUGUUGUAAAUACUGAUUAAGUGUUGCAAUGCAAGUGUGCAAAUGUUAUGUACUGGAUGUGUUUGAACAUUUUUGUCAGUGUAAUUAUACUGUUUAUAUUUUCUAGACUUUUUAAAAAUAAAUUAUUCAUAUGUAAGUAAUACAUAUCUUCCACCCUGCUUAAAUCUUCUUGAAA